AUGGGCAACACCAACUCUGCACUGAACCGUGACCCGCCCAAGGUGCAUCGGACGCUGUGCGGAUUGCGCUACGACAACGCCUUCGGAUUUGCAUCGCACGAGCCUCGGGGCAUCACGACGACGUGCUUCAACGACGUUGUGCUGGAGCCUUUGGCGACGUGGGUGCUGCUGCUAGUGAUGCUGCCGUUGCUAGCAGUGGCACUCAAGAAAAGGCGCUCGAACGCCAAGCUGUCUUCGUCGACGACAUCGAGACUGCUGCACUACCGCGCUUCUGCUCGUCGCGGCGACGGCAGCUUUAGCGGCAAGCAUGCAAAGUUGCGAAGCGUGCUGGACGUCGUGUACAUGCUGCUGAUUGUGGCAGCGCUGCUGAUGAACAUCCUUCAGAUCGUGCGCCUUGCAUUGGCAGACCGGGGCGUCGGACUGCUGCCUUUCAACCUGGCGGGCAUUCUGAUCGUGCUGGUGCUCAUGCACGUGCGAACGGCCGACGGCGUCGCUGUGAGCACAGUGUGCCUGGCGUUCUGGAGUCUGCUGAUCACGUUUACCUCGGUGGCGCUGGCCGGGAUGGGCAAGUUGGAAGGCAUCGAGGAUCGCAAGGGCACCGAGUACCUGCUGAGCGACGAGAUGAUCGAUGUUGGAGUGCAGGUGGGGCUGUACGCGGUCUUCUGGGUAGUGGAGGCGCUGCGUGUGCUGCACCGCCUCACCACUGCACGCAAGCAGGCGCUCGGAACCGCACGGCUUCACGAACAACCUGGCUCGGAAGCACUCGGCACGACGCAAUCGGGCGAAGGCAAAAUGAUCGGAAGCGCUUCUGCUUAG